GGGGUCGCGGCGGCGGCGGCGGCGGGAUGGAGCCCGGUCGCGGCGGCGGCGGCGGCGGCGGCGUUGUGGGAGGCGGACGCCCAAGAGGCAGGUGAGGCCGCCUUUCCCCAAGCGAGCGCCAUGCGGGCGGCCCAGGAACGCGGCCAGGGCUGCCUCCCGCCCAAGAAGCGAGAGCUGCCCGCGCCCGCCAGCGGUGGUGACGGCGACGAGCCGGGUAGGUCGGCGGAGCGCGAUGCGGCGGCCGGCGGGGAGGCUUUGGCGGAGUGGCCUCACGCGGCGGCGGGCAAACAAAGCCGCGCGCCUUCGCGUUACAGCGAGCCCGGCGGCGGUGGCGACACCAGCGACAGCCCCAGCGAAACUCUGGCCAGCUUGACUGUGGACCAGUACGGCUUGUUGUACAAGGUGACUGUGCCCCCGACCACUUUCGCCCCGGUGGUGAACGUGAGCCCGCUCUCCCCCGCCUACAGCGUGACCUCGCAGCUCCUGCAGCAGCAGCAUCCAGCAAUCCCGUAUCCGUCUAUCCAUUACACGCAGCUCCCUACUACCCCUUUACAGUUUGUGGGGUCGCAUUACUCAGUGCCCUAUGCUGUGCCCCCUGGCUUCCUCCCCAGCCACCUGCUGCCUUCUUCAGCUGGCCUCACCGCCUCUCAUAUCCCUCACUUUGUGCCCUACGCACCAAAUCUCCUGUCCGAUGACUCUGCUCCCUCACAGACAACCCACAAUUUUGGCAAGACUUCUGCCUCAGUUUCACCUUCAGGCCCUCUGCAACCUCAUAUUGGAGGCCAGCUUCUGGACGUUUCACAGGGCCAGAUUCCAAUUUAUUACCAGAUGUCCCGUCUGCCAGCAGGUUAUUCAGCAUUUGAGGCUUCUGUUGUUGGUCUGAACUCAGACCAACCUUUGCGGGAGAACCAGCUUGAUCCCAAAAGACUUACAAUGAAUGGGCUGCAAAGGUCUGCUGUGGGGGCAAAAGAGAGCGAAGCUGAAGGGCAGUGGCCAAGGACUGCUGGGGAGUAUGGUGUAGGUACUCCAGUCUUGAGAAUGGAGGUCUCAGUGCCAUCUCAGCCAAGUACUCCAGAUCUAGAAGUACAGAGAGUAGUGGGGGUACUGUCUUCCUCAGAAUAUUCUAUUUGUUCUGCUCAGCAGAAGGACAACUUCAGCCCUCUUAACCUGUCCCAUCGUAAUGCUGCAGAGCAGAAAGAGGAAUCAGGGAGGAGCCCAGUACACGUUACUGCUGAGAAGAGUCACUUGCAAAGACUGUCUGCAAAGUCCCCUGAGGAACAACUCUGCUCUAGGCAAAAUCUCAGAGGGCUGACCCUGGUCAAUGGCAAGCCGGUCCUAGGACCCCUCCAGCCUACAGUUCAGGAGGGCCUGGAAAUAGAGAGCUCUGACGUGCUACCCCAAGAGGUGCAGCCGGAAGCAGCUUUUGCCCGCUCCCAGGGCCAUCUGCCCUCCCACUUCAUGAAAGGAGCCAUUAUUCAGUUGGCUACUGGGGAACUCAAGCGAGUCGAGGAUUUGCAAACCCAGGACUUUGUGCGUAGUGCAGAGGUGAGUGGCGGCCUCAAGAUCGAUUCCAGCACAGUGGUGGACAUUCAGGAAAGCCCUUGGCAGGGCUUUGUAAUGCUGCAUUUUGUAGUUGGAGAGCAGCAGAGCAAAGUGAGCAUUGAUGUCCCCCCUGAGCACCCUUUCUUUGUGUAUGGUCAGGGCUGGUCAUCAUGCAGCCCAGAGAGGACAGCUCUGCUCUUCUCCCUCCCUUGUCAUAAGCUUCAGGUGGGAGAUGUUUGUAUUUCCAUCAGUUUACAAAGCCUGAAUGGGAAGUUGGUUCCACAAAGUAGUUCUCAGGGCACCAUCCAAGAGAGACCAGAGCAAAGUGGGCAAAUCCUUCGGGAGGCACAAGGUCAGGUGAGGGAGAAGAGUCCAUUUCAGAGGAGAAUAGCAGCAUUAGGCUUGCCCCAAGAAUCUCCCUAUCUAGAACCCAUUUCUGUAUAUGGCUGGGCAGGUCCCAGCUUCCAAAAAUUAAUGGAGGAGCCUCGUAUAUCCCUGCUCCGCCCAUCAUUUAUUCCCCAGGAAGUCAAGUUGUCCAUAGAGGGUCGUUCGAAUGCAGGGAAAUGAACCUCUGGUGGAGGGCGAACCAGUGCCAUGCUGGAUAGUCUGGCCACUAAUCAGUUUCUCUUGACACCCAAGAGAUGUCCAGCUCCUCCCCCAGCUGUGUGCCUAAAUCAUUCUACCGGCAGAACUUCUUCCCAUCCUCCCCCUGCGCUCUGCAAGGUGAGAUGAAGAAAGGGGUCACCAGGGUCCCUUAAGAUGCAAGCACUUUAAUUGGACACUUGCUCAUAUGUAGCAAGCUGCUUUCACCAGAAGAGAGAGUCGGCGUGGGGGCUAAGAGAAUUGUCCAGUCUUCUGCUCAGGUCUUAGUCAAGACAUUUUGGUCUGGGCACUGCAGUAGUCCAGUUUGGGGAGUCUCAGCUUCUCCUCAGGGAGAUAUUUGUAUACCUUAUUGUAUUGAGAAGAAAUAUCUAGCAGCCCUGUUCAGAAAACCUGCUACCCAAUGCAUAGUUUUGUAACCCUGUUGCCACAUAGAGCUAAGAUUUUUUUUUAAAAGAGGGGAGGUAGAUACAAGCAGAACAAGGAUUUGUGCAGUGUAAAUUUUAUUGGCAGACACCUUAGUUUGGUGGCUCUGCCCGCAUCCAUUCUGCUGUAACAUCCCCACCCAGGUAAUACUCUUCUUCCACAAAAGCUGUGUUCCAUUUCUGUUUUGGCUGCCAGUGCUUUCUGAAACAUCCACCACUGAGCCAGGGUUCAAAUGUACGGCUGCUGCUUUUGCAGGCAUAGCAAAGGCUAUGUUUUGGGGAAACUGCCCAUCUUUAUCAAUUGCCAGCUUCAACAGAGACUCAAAAGGGGCAGUAGGUAUUAGACUUUUUGUAUUUUAGCAAGCGAUGAGUAAAAAUUGCAAGUGGCUAACAAUUUUAAGUCUGUUGCACUGAAAAUGAUGCAAAAUUGCCUCAUUUCACGGUGCCUUGCUGAGCAUCUUCCUGUCUUGUUACUGUGCUCUAACCUCUGGAACUAGGCAGAGAUUUGCUAUGUUGUCUAUUUUCUUGGGUGUAAUUGUGAUAAAAUCUCCCUCCAAAACAGCCAUUACAACAACCGCUUCUAAUCAUUCUAAAUGGAUACCUUGGCUUGUUUCUCAUGGGUGUUCUCUGAUCCAGUGUUGCUUCAGUGCCACUGCUUGGCAGUUCUGGUGGGUCAGAGUGCUGGGUUUCUACAUCAGCCCAUCCCUAACUCUCUAGAUGAAAGGUGACCUUGCUUUCUCUGCUGGGUUCUUUGCUGUUUUCUCCCAAAGGCCCUGGCACUUUGCACUAUUCCUAGCCACCUUUUGUCCAACAUACCUGCCUUUCUUAACUUCCUCUCAGGGUCCCCUGAAUUUCCUUUGUGUGCCUCCUGACUAAUCUCUGUGUGCCGAGUUCUCCUCUGUCUGAUGCCAGAUAGAUGGGCAGUAGUUCCAUGGCUGCAAGAAAGCUUAAUCCUUUCUUUCUCUCAAAAUGUCUAGCUGUCUCUAGGCUGCAGUGCUGGUUGUCCAUUGUUGCUGAAACUUAACUGCUCAGUUUUGGACAACUCACCCAUGUGGGUCCAAAGUUUUGUUUCUAUGUGGCAGACUGCUCACCCUCCUGUUUUCAAAGGCAGUCUCUGAGUUGACAAGACAGUUACAAGUUGCAGAAGCAUCUUUAGUUGUUGCUCCAUCUGAGGCUCGUGGAGACCUGAGAGGGCCAGCUGCUUAGAGCAAUAAGCUAUUUCUCUCAUGUGACACUACAAAAAGUCAUUUUGCCCAGUUCUAGCAAUUGCAGGGGAGGCCUCCUAAUACACAAUGCUGUGGGACUGGCAUCUCCCUGGUUGUCCUGUUGCCCAUGAGCCCUAGGAGCAAUUCAUCUCUGUCAGGGCAUCUGUCAGAUGCCCUUGGGAGUUCCUCACCUUGCCAGUUGCUUCUGUUGCCCCUUUCUCAAAGGGCACCUUAGCCUUAAAGGAGAGCUCCUUGAAGGGCUUAUGAAGGGAGGAGGCCUUUUGCUACUAAUCAGGAUGGGACCAGGGCAGGCCCAAAAUAAACUCCUCUGAGGGUCCCUCCCUGGAACCCCUUCCAUGGAUAGCACCUAGGCUGGCAGGGACUGGAUGCCAUGUACCACCAGAGUUGUACAUGGUGCAGCCCUACAACAAAUCACUAUUUUUACUUAGGCCUUAGGACUAGCCAAGUUCCCAACUGCUCUUCUCUUCCCUGAUGUUUAAUGCCACAUUGCAGUCUGAGGAGGAUAAUCUAUUUUAUUGUGCUUUUUUGUAUCUGUUUUAAAUAAAUCCAUGUGUACUGUAUAUUUGUAUUUUGGGUGAGAUCCUUCUUCCUGUUUUACGAUUUAAUAUUGCUGUAAACACAGAUUGUAUUUUUAUUGUUAUGCUCUUACAAGUACUGCAUUUAACUUGUUGACUAUGUAAACAACAUACACGUAUAUAUGCACAUGCACACACACGCAAACACACACACAUAUAUCUAAUUAUAUGCCAAUAGUUUUUCUUUUGCUAUGUCUGUCUGUUGUUUUCUUUGUGGAACAAAUUCUACCCAGGUAAGGUAAGGACUGGAAAGCCAACUAUAACAGCAUCAUUUUAAUAAUUUAAUGCGGCUGUUAGCAAUAUUCACAGUAGCUUCAUGAAUGGAGAGAGGGGUGCUGCUGCACAGGGAAAGAUGAUGAAGAGCUCUCCUUCCCCAAUUUUGCAUUAGUUUCCCCCAUGUUGUUAGUAUAGCCAGUCUCCAAAUGCAACAUAUGGAUGCCAAAGACAUUCACUGGUUAUUGCUGUCAUCUGACUAUACAUCCUAUGCUCAGUAUGGAGGAGGAAAGACUAGUGUUGACAUGAUCAAGAUGGACAGCUCAUCAAAACCUAUGCAGUUCUCUGAGCUUAUUUUUCUGUUAGCACACAGCAGGUAAUAUCUUAGACUGACAGCACUUAGGAUUGCCCCCAAACAACUGAGUUUUUAAACCAUGUUCUUAAAAGCUUGCAUAUUUGUGUGAUGGUCUAAUAAAGACAUUCCUGUAAGAUG